AUGUAUUUACUUUUACUUAUUUAUUUUGCAUGGAAAUCUGCAGCUGUUUUUACAAAAUUGCAAAAUGACAGCAGUGUUAUAAUUGGCGAGUUAGAUGUUUUCUAUAAUGGCACCGUUUCAAAUGGAAAGGAAAAAAUGUACUACUUUGAACUUGCAAACAAAGUUAAAAAUGAUUCUGUUGUCCAAAUAUUUGUUAUGGGGCCCAAUUCUACUAAAGAUUUACCAUUACUCUUUGUUGUUCGUCAAAUGAGAGGUGUUAGCUCUUGGAGUGUUCCUUUUACAUCAAAAUCUGGGAAAUCUUAUGAUAAUGUGAAUCACCUGUUGUGUCCACCAUUAAAUAAAAAUUUUCAAAAUAAAACUUUAGAAAAUUUUUAUGUUGAUAUUUCGAACUCUAAUCAUGAGGAUUUAUUUUACUCUUUUAAAGUUUACACACUCAAUUAUGUAAUCAGUUCUAAAAGUGGCAUGCGUUUAUGUGUUGCAAAUCCUGCUCAACCAGUAGUGUACUUAUAUGAGUUUGCAAAUGAUGAGGAGAGGGUCCUUGUUAAAGCUUCAUCAGAAAGCAAAAUUUGUGCAACCAUUGCAAUUCAAGAUUCAGAAUGUCCAUCUCAAAUCGUAUAUUCUGGUGUGUACGCCACAAUGACUACACAAGUUGGAAUAACAGUGGAGAAACAACAUUUACCAUAUGGCAAAUUUUAUAUUGUAAUAAUGGUAGAAGAUACAGAUGAAGCUUGUGUAGUUCGGAGUGGUAAAAUCAAUCCAUUCUCUUCUGGAAGUAUUGAUGUUGAUAAUGGAGAUAAAAGUUUUUUAAGUAAAUUUUCUUCAUCUCGUGAAAAGCGUAUCAACAUAAGUGUUGAAGUUCUCCCAAAAGUUGAGGAAUACUUGAUUCCAGUAAUUGCUCCUACAAUAUUUUUUGGUUCAUUUUAUAUUUUAUCAUUUAUUUUCUUUGUGGCACUUUGGUGCUUGUCAGAAGAUGGUGGAAAAUCGUUUUUCAUGUUUCUUUUGCCAAAUAAAGUUAAAGGUGCUAUUGUUGACACAAAUCUUCAAGAAGAUGAACCACUGCGAACACCAUAUGAUAGUCGAAAUAACACUUAUGGUGAGCGCGUUUUCCAAACUGAUUCACCUGUUGACUCUGAUGGUGACUAUGACUGGUUGGAUGAUAUAGAUCAGAAUAAAGAUGUUUACAGAUUAAAGAAAAACUUAUUUAUAUCUGAUUUAUCAAGAAAGUCACACAAAAAGUUGUCGAAAAAAUUUAAUGUUUAUUACUGGAAUCUUUUAACUGUUGCUGUUUUUUACUCACUACCUGUUAUUCAGUUAGUAUUGACAUACCAACGUGUUGUCAAUGCAAGUGGUGAUCAAGACAUAUGUUAUUACAAUUUUAAAUGUGCUAGACCUUAUCAUAUGCUUAGUGCUUUUAACAACGUUUAUAGCAAUAUUGGCUACAUGAUGCUGGGACUAUUGUUUGUAUUUUUUGUAUUAAGAAGAGAUCGUCUUGCUAAGCAAGCAUAUGCAAAAGAUCCUGUUAAUUCUGAGAGAUAUGGUAUCCCAAAGCAUUUUGGCAUUUUGUAUGCUAUGGGUUAUGCUUUAUUUAUGGAAGGAGUUUUAAGUGCUUGCUAUCAUGUUUGUCCAAAUUACUCCAACUUUCAAUUUGAUACAGCAUUUAUGUAUAUGAUAGGUAUUCUUGGUUGUCUGCGAUUGUAUCAAACAAGACAUCACGACAUAUUCAUGAAUGGACAUUUUGUAUAUGCUGGUUUUGCUGCGGUUAUACUUACUUCAGUUGUUGGUGUGAUAUUUCGCUCUCUUAUGUUCUGGAUAUUAUUUUUAAUAAGUCACAUUUUGGCUUGUCUUUAUGUUUCAUUUCGAAUAUAUUAUGUGGGAAGAAUAAAAACAGCACUUCGCAUGAAUUGGAUUCGUCCUGGAGUUUGGUUUGUAAAGCCUAUAUAUAUGGUUCGCUUUGUGUUGCUUGUCAUUUUCUUUCUUAUAAAUCUGGCUUUAUCUAUAAAUGGUGUGUUGAAUGUUCCUAGAGAUUUUGCUACGUAUUUACUCGGUAUUAUUAUAUGCAAUGGGUUGCUAUAUGUUAUUUUCUACAUCAUUAUGAAAGUACGAAAUGGUGAAAAAAUAAAGGUUCUUGUAAUAUUUUGCGUAUUAAUAUCUCUUAUUUUGUGGGGAAUUUCAAUAUCUUUCUUUGUUCAAGGUCUUACGGACUGGCAGUUAAGCCCUGCAGAAUCACGCGAAGGAAACAAGGAAUGUACUCUUUUGGAGUUUUAUGACGAUCAUGAUUUGUGGCAUUUUCUUUCUGCAACAGCGAUGUUCUUUACGUUCAUGGGGAUUCUAACAAUUGACGAUGAUCUGGAUGAUAAAGAAAGAAUAAAUAUUCCUGUAUUUUAAUGUUUUUUAAAUUUCAUAACUAUAACUGUAA